CUCCCACAGUCCCCUGGGUGUACCCUCAGACAGCUGGGAUAGGCUCUAGCCCUACCUGAGAAACUUGGCUGGUUGUGUUGAUUGUUGGUUGGUUGACUUUGUUGAUGCUCUUUACCUAUACUGCUCACUGACUUUGUGUUACCAGGUGGAGGAGGUCAAAGAUGAAGAUGUUGAGGUCCUGCAGGCUGCUGCUGUGGCAGGUGGCUCUCAGACUUUCUUAUAAUGUUGUUAUAGCGAGCCUAUGUCGGGAGGGCUCCGACAUCUUCACCUCAGUCAGAGAGAAUAGUCCAACAGGUGAAUUCAUCUCCAGCAUCAACAUCACUGCAGGUCCACGAGCUAACACCAUCCGCCUGUGUCUGUCGGGACGCAACGCCAACUGGUUCUACUUAGAGGGCCGGACCAUCAGACUCAACUCCUCAGUGUUCAGAGUCCUCGACCGAGAGGUGGAGGGAUCAGUGCUCAUUGCAGAGCUAAUUUGCUAUGAAAAUGACAUCAUACAGGGUAACUACAGGAUUUUGGUGGAGAUUCUGAAUGAAAAUGACAACAAACCAAACUUCCUGUUGGAGACAAUUCAGCCGUUCACCAUCAGUGAGCUGACAGCAGUGAACUCGGUGGUUUUCACUGUGAAGGCUGUUGAUGCAGAUGGGGACAUGAUCAGCUACAUCAUCGACCCGUCAUCACAAGAUGCCGAGUUCUUCAGGAUCGACCUGCCCAAUACUGGAAAGGUAGUUCUGAACAAACCUCUGGACUAUGAGACGAGAACUCACCUGCAGCUCAUCAUGUGGGCCCAGGAAUCAAACACUGUGGACAAGUUCAACACAUCUGCUGUUCUCAACAUCAACAUCGAGGAUGGUGAUGACCAGUAUCCUCACUUCUUGCCCUGCACACCUGUGUCUCCAGGUGUGCCUGUCUGCAUGAAUCCCACCUACACAACCAACAUCACACAGAAACACCAGGACGUGGGUCUGGACUUUUCUCCUGGCCCAAUCACAGCAGAGGAUGGAGACAAAGGGAUCAAUGCUCCUCUCACCUACACCAUCCUCUCAGGUCAGACUCACUCACACUCACCAUUAGACUCAUGUACAAACGUGUGUACAGGUGUGUUUGCUUCACCCACAGGUGAUGAUCAGGGCAGGUUCACGAUCAACAACACAACAGGUGAGAUCAGGUUAACCAGAGCAGCAGAUGAUCAACGACUGACAACAAACUACAUGCUCACAAUCAUGGUAUGCCAGGUGGAUGACAGGUUGAAGUACAGUGUGGCAUCAGUUCUGGUCAGAGUUCUCUAUGAGAACGCAUUUCCUCCGGCCUUCAACAGAACCACUUACAAAGGUUUCAUCAUCCAGAGCUCUAGCCCUGCCUCCAUCGUCACAACCUAUGGGAACCAGGUGUUACAGGUCCAGGUGUCAGACCGUGACUUCCCUGAUGGCAGGAACCCAAAUAUCCACUAUUUGCUCCAUCCUCCAUCCGAAUUGUAUCAAGUCACAAAGGAGGGGGUUCUGAUCGCCAAGACAAACCAACUACGCGCCUUUGACAGACAAAUCCUACAGGUCAUCGCCAGAGAUGAAGAGUCGGGAGAAGAAGUGUCAGCUUCAGUGGACAUCGAAGUCCUGCAGAGAGGCCAAGCAGUGCCAAGUGGUGCGUUCAAGGAGCAACAGUUGUUUGGAGACGUGGACAGCACGCUGGCAGGAGGAAUCGCUGUGCUUAUCCUCAUCGUGCUGCUCUCUGCGAUUCUGUUUCUGCUACUUUGGACCGUCCAUAGGAGACGCGUGCAGAACCCUGAGGAUCGCCCCGCCAUCGCCUUCGGAAAACAUCCCAAUGUGAGGUUACUGUGGUUUCACAUGGUGAGCAGCCCACCUGUCUUCGUGGACGAGUCGUCACACGGCAGCAGAGCUUUUACUCGUCAGUCUGGCAGUUUUCAUGGCAGACAAGGAGUUUACACCAGGAGGCCAUCUCUGCUUCCUCCUCCAUCAUCAUCACAGCUCAGCGAGCCUGGAGAGAGCAGGACCAGACCCCCUCUUCCUCCUCCAUCAUCAUCAUCACACCUGUUUACUGUUGCAGAGAAACAUGAAGGUGGAGCUCACACCUGGGAGGAUCUGAGGUUGCCAGUUGAGCCCGCAAGUAUUCAUGGUGAAGACAUACCAGCAGUCAACACUGGGAUGCCUCAGAGAGACGAAAACAUGAAGACUGAUUGAUCAGAGGAGAUGCCACUGGUGUCCAAACCCUACCAAUCAGAAACCAGAAAGAAACGAGUCACAUAUUCAGCCAAUUAGAGAGCAGGAAUCCAAACUGUACUUUAGUCAUACUCGUGAUUCACUUUUUUUUCUUCUGGCGGCCUUAUUGGGGGGUUUUUG